CCAGCCACCUCCUGCUUCUCUCGUCGGAGCAGAUCGCAGCUAGGCAAAGGCUCUUGGAGAGGACGACGCGGGACCAUGGAGAACCAAUUCACAUAUGAAGAUUAUCAGAACACUGCAGAAUGGCUGCUGUCUCACACCACGCACCGCCCUCAAGUGGCUGUGAUCUGUGGUUCCGGGCUAGGAGGUCUGACUGAUAAAUUAACGGAGGCCCAGGCCUUUAACUACAGUGAGAUACCCAAUUUUCCCCAAAGUACAGUGCCAGGUCAUGCUGGUCAGCUGGUGUUUGGCUUCCUGAAUGGCAGAUCGUGUGUGAUGAUGAAAGGCAGGUUCCAUUUGUAUGAAGGGUACCCACUCUGGAAGGUGACAUUCCCUGUGAGGGUUUUCCGGCUUCUGGGUGUGGACACCUUGGUGGUCACCAACGCAGCUGGAGGUCUUAACCCCAAAUUUGAGGUUGGAGACAUCAUGCUGAUUCGCGAUCACAUCAACCUUCCUGGUUUCUGUGGACAGAACCCUCUCAAAGGACCCAAUGAGGACAGGUUUGGAGUUCGUUUCCCUGCCAUGUCAGAUGCUUAUGACCGGACUAUCAGGCAGAAGGCUCUGAGUACUUGGAAGCAGAUGGGGGAGCAGCGAGAGCUGCAAGAAGGCACCUAUGUGAUGGUGGCAGGUCCCAGCUUCGAGACUAUCGCAGAGUGUCAUCUGCUGCAGAAGUUGGGGGCAGAUGCUGUUGGCAUGAGCACCGUGCCAGAAGUGAUCGUCGCCCGGCACUGCGGACUUCGAGUCUUUGGCUUCUCACUCAUCACUAACAAAGUCAUCUUUGAUUAUGAAAAGCUGGAAAAGGCCAACCACGAGGAAGUCUUGGAAGCCGGGAAACAAGCUGCCCAUAAACUGGAACAGUUUGUCUCCAUUCUCGUGUCCAGCCUUCCGCUCCCUGGCAAUGUCAGCUGACCAGCCCUGGGGUGGCCAGGCCUCUCCGUGUUCGGAUCCGAGUAGCUGCUAUCUACUUGGGCCCCCUAGCUGGAGUCACAUGCCUGUGUGCCCUUACUAGCAACAAGAGGGAGAUCCUUAUCCUUUACCUUCUCUACUUUGUUCCACUAAACACUCCAGUGCCCGGUUCUCUUGCCCAGUUGUCUUCUCAAACAAGUUUGCUCCUAGUCCCUCAUCUGCCGUAAGACCUGGAGCUGGUGCCCUAUGACACACGCGUGGACGUGCUUGGGAUUUGACCUGGGCCUUUGGACUUUGCACAGUAGCUGUUGCUACCUGUUUGGGACGAUGCUUCUCACGUUCCUGGGGAUUCAGUUCUGCCUCACUAACACUCUGGAGACCAAACAAGGACUAGACCAAUACCUCGUAGAAGCUUUAUUUAAUACUGAAAUGUUUUGAGAAUAAAGAAGAAAAA